GUUACUUUCUGCAAUGGAUAGUACCCUCUCUUUAGAAAAGUUGCCCAGUGCCUUUUCACUGUUCGAGCACUACAUGGACAGUCCAGGACAAAGCAACGAGCACUCCUUAAAACAUGUGGCUGUCCCACAGAUACCAACUGUCGUACCUCAGGAACCGAACUCGGCCACCAGCACCUCCAUUGCCAUAUACUGGGCUGUGAAUGAUGGGGACACCAUCGACUGCUUCCAGGUCUACUGUAUGGAGGAACCACAAGCUAGCAAAGAUGUGGGGGCUUUGGUGGAAGAGUACAGAGUGACGGUGAAGGAGAGCCACUGCAUUUUGGAGGACCUGGAGCCAGAUCGCUGCUACAGUGUGUGGGUCAUGGCUGUGAAUGGCACAGGCUGUAGCUUACCCAGUGAAAAAGCCAUUUUUAAAACAGCACCUGCCAUCCCCACCAUCAAGGCCGAGGACUGCACGGUGUGCUGGGACACGGCCACCGUCCGCUGGCACACCAGCUUGGCAUCGGCGGAGUCCUUCACCCUGGAGUACUGCCGACAGCACUCACCCGAAGGAGAGGGUCUCAGAUCUUUUGCUGGUAUAAAGAGACCUGAACUGAAAGUAUCCCUGGAACCCAAUGUGAACUAUUUCUUCUACUUGAGGGCUGUCAACCCAUUUGGGACAAGUGAACAAAGUGAAGCAGCUCUCAUCUCAACUAAAGGAACUCGAUUUCGUCUGCUGAGCGACACAGCCCAUCCCGCUUUGCAAGUCUCCUCCAAUGCAACAGUGAUCCGCCUUCCUGAGAAAAGCAAAUUCACUGGGUUUCCUUCAGUCCUGGGUGAACUGCUGCCUGCUCGUGGACGUCACUACUGGGAAAUUGUUGUCUCUGCCUGCAGAAGCUACAGGAUUGGGAUUUGCUAUGAGACAAUACCACGGAGCAGCAUCCUGGGGCUGGGUGAUACUUCCUGGUGCAUGCGGUGCUGUCCUACACAAACCAGCUUUCUUUACAGGUUUCUUCACACCGGUGUGAUGAGUGAUGUCCAUGUGACAGAACACCCAGCCAGGAUUGGCAUCCUGUUGGAUUACAGUGACGGCAGGUUGUUGUUCUUUAAUGCAGAGAGAGGACUCAUGCUGUUCUCCACCAGGCACACAUUCACUGAUGCCGUCCACCCGACCUUUGCCCUGGAGAAAGCUGGAGUGCUCACCCUGCGCACAGGAAUGGAGCUGCCGGAGUUCGUGAAGCGCAGCUAA